AUGUCAGGCUUGAAGAUUGUGGUUACAGGUAGACACGUCUUCUUUGCAUCUGAGAAGCCUCAUACUGAAGAACGGUCAGGAGCGUCCGGUGUUCUAGGUACUACGGUCCACAAGGCAUUCGAGAAGGCACUGCGAUAUGAGGUUGUGGGCUUGAAGAAUAAAAGCACCGCUAGCCAUCUAGUGCAGCUAGAUUUGACAGAUAAGGAAGCGACUAAGCAGAAGUUAGAGGAAAUUAAACCCACUUGGGUGAUCCAUUGUGCUGCUGAAAGACGACCUGAUGUUGCCGAGAAGGAUCAAGUCGGAACCCAACUUCUGAAUGUUGGAGUGCCAGGUUACCUUGCUGAACUCGCGAGGGCCAUAAACUUUACACUCGUGUAUAUCUCUACUGACUAUGUCUUCGACGGAAGAUCGCCUCCCUCUGGCGGGUACACACCAGAGUUACCUACUAACCCGCUUCAGAUUUAUGGUCUGACUAAACGGGAUGCCGUUAACAUCCUCGUUGACGUGGUACGGGACCAAUCAAAGGAGUCUAACAUGGAUGACUAUGCGAUCAGGUAUCCUACCAAUGUAUUGGACAUCGCAUCCUUUUUGGUACGCCUGACGGAUCUCAGUUUCGAUGCUCUACCGCCCAUUCUCCACUACUCGGCACACGAGUCCUUCACAAAGUACCAGAUGUGCAAAAUCUUUGCCGACAUCCUUGGACUCAAUAGCAUGAAUCAUAUAAAGCCUGUCUCCACACCUCCAACUGGGGCUGGUGCCACAUCACGUCCUUACAACUGUCACCUGUCUACUGCUGAAACAGAGAAAUUACUUCCCUUGGAAUGCACAGGAUUUAGAACGUGGUGGAAGGAAUAUUUACGAGAUGGCAGCGAGUAA